CCGCCAGUGCAAUGGGCGAAAAGAUAGACCAAGAUGGACGCAAUUAGGUGAAGGAAAGUUCGAGGAGGCGGUGAAUGAUGGCGUAGAGAGGCUGUGUUGCGAAAAGUGCAGCAUCCCGAAUGCUCGGCCCCCGUCGUCGUCGCCGCCGCCGCCGCGUACCUAUCGGUGAGAAUGUCGUGCCGCGAUCCCGACAAUUUGAUGGUGAGCGCAAACGACGAGAACUUCGACUACCUGUUCAAGAUCGUGCUGAUCGGUGACUGUGGCACAGGCAAGACCUGUCUGGUGCAGCGCUUCAAGUCGGGCACAUUUGUCGAACGUCACGGGAAUACCAUCGGCGUCGACUUUUCCAUGAAGACCGUACUCAUAGACGGCAAGAGAGUCAAGUUACAAAUAUGGGACACAGCAGGACAGGAGAGGUUCCGUACAAUAACUCAGAGUUACUACAGAUCUGCAAACGGAGUAAUUAUAGUUUAUGAUAUCACGAAGCGAUCGACCUUCUUGAACUUGCAACGUUGGGUGGAGGAAGUCCGAAGAUACACUUCGUCACAUGUGUUAUUAGUUUUAGUUGGUAACAAAUGCGACCUGGAAGAUCUACGAGAAGUGAAAAGAGAGGAAGCUGAAACCCUAUGCGAAUAUCUACCCGAAGUUUUACACAUAGUGGAGACUUCAGCCAAAGAUAACACGAAUAUAGACACCAUCUUUUUCUAUCUGGCAUCUGAACUCAAGAGACGACACGAAAAUCGCCAAAUUAGUGCAAAUGAGAACGAUGUGGUGAAACUUGGCAUGGGGCGAAAUUUAUCUUCUUGUUCAGGCUGUUAGUGUAAGAUACUUUGACCCAUUAGACAAUUCCCUCUAUCCGCAAGUCCAUAUAUAUUUAAAUCGACAUGUUUCGCGGAAAAGAGUAAACUUGCCGUAGACAAGAUAAAAAGCGCGUUGAAAGAGCAGUUCUUUUUCUCGACUCAUUGCCUCUUGUCUUGCUAUGGUAGAAACUAAUAUCUUUUUAAAGCAAAAUGGCAAAACAACAGCCCAAAGAAUGAAUAUCUAAGGAACAUAUAUAUGAGGUAAAAAAUACUCCAUAUAUUCGCAAGAAAUAGAAUGACAUCAGUUGCUCUAGUAUCGAAAAAUAUGAAUCUCACAGUAAGGAUAUAAUUCUUAAAAACAGGGUGACUUACAUUUCCGCCCCGAGAUUGUUUGUUGUUUUGGGAGGGCACAUUCGUGUAUUUUUAUAUGCGAUUUAGCAAGUAUAUUACAAAUAUAUGUGUACACGUGCGCACACAUACAUAUGCACACAGUAAUACUUUUUACAAAUACUACAGCGACCUGAACAAAUCCUAGAUGUCCAGUGCCUUAAAACUUUUGAUAAAUGGUCAUAUAUUCUCGUAUAAUAAACGCACGGACACUCAUAGAGUGUGAUCAAAAUGGAUUACAAAGGAUUUAAAUAGUGCGUGGUAACUUAAUUUUGUUAUUUAUUCUAUUUAUUUGCAUAUACAUAAGAUGAUUUAUUUUAAUUUUAAUAAGAAAUGUUCGAAGAAAUACUGUACUUUUUGAAACAAUAUUGGGAUGGAAAGUUGUUUGAAGGGAGACACAAGAUAGUAAUAUUACUGAAACCUUAGAAUGUUUUGUUUUCAAGAUUAAUUUUGAUUUCAUUAAUAGAAAUAUUUUAAUAGUAAAAUAAUUUGCUUAAUAUAAAGUUCUACUUGUCAUCAAUAUACAAAAGCUUUCAAGUGAGAUCAGCAAAAAGUACAUGUUUUUUAAGAUAUUUUACCUUUUAUUCUAAUACUUUGUAGUAUAAAAUAUGAAACAUCUUAAAAAGUAUUCUUUUAUUCUCAGCAAUUCUGAGCGUUAUCUAGGAAGGAACGCGAAAAUCGUCGCGUUUCUUCAGAAUGUUACUUGUCAAGAUUAAAAUGAAUCAUUUGAGAUAUAUAUAUAUAUAUACACACAUACACACACACAUACAGAGUGUUUAAAAAAAAGGAUUCAAGCAUUUUUUACUCAGUAUAAUAAGUACUAACUGGUAAGUUAACUCUUUUUUUUCUCUUGAACACCCUGUAUAUACAUAAAGGAUUCGAAGCUAUUGUACAAUAUUUUAAUAGCGUGUUCUGGGGCUGAAUUUAAAAAUUCUAAUUAAGUUCCAGAAUGCCUUAUUAAAAUAUGGCAAGAUAAUUUUGAAUACUUGCUCGAAUUACAACAUUGUAAAUACCGUUUUUCAGUGGCAUUCUCGGCACGCGUUUUACGCCAAAAGAGGCGUUUUUUCAUUGUUUCGUUUUGUUUAAAAACGGCUUAAGAACAAACUGCCACAUUUUAGAGUGCUAUAGACGCGACGAGAAUGCGCAUUCCGCGUGAAUAUACGCAAUUGUUAUAUAUGAACAAACAAUGUGUAACGAAUCUCUCUAUUAUCAUUUAUACAAAUCAUUGUACUAUAUUUUUUAACUAUUUAUAUUUGCAUAAAAAUAUAUUAUCCUUGGACAAUUUGUUGUUGGUUCGCGUUUUUCGGACAGAAUACUUCGUGAUACAGCAUUUGAUAAAUCUCGCGAGAACUUAAUUUAGAUAUUACAUAAUCUGUGAAUCUCAGAUCUCGGUGAACUGUUGAAAUAAACAUCUUUAGGUGCCGGAAGUAGUAUGUACACUCCUCGAUUUCUUCCACCACCAUUGUUGGUUACGUUAAAUCACAUGUACGAAUAUAUUUCGAACAUGUAAAAUGGAAAAUCCACUCUGAAGUGUAAAUUUACAGUGUCUUCAUACCGCAAUUAUACGCCGAAAUAAUGCACGAGGUUCGCAACGGUGUAAAGAACUGUCACUCUAUACUACAAUUGAAAAUAUUUAUUGUGUAUUUAUAUUAUAUAUAUGUGUGUAGAUAGUUGAAAAAUAUAUUUUUUUUUUCUGAGAUAUAUCGUGUGCAUUGCGAUAUCUCGUUAAUAUAUAUUAUUUAACAUAUUGCGCCUGGUACGUAUGCAGUAUAAAAAUCAUUUAUGUGUAUCCGUAUUCUGUACAUGUUGAUAUUCUAAAUUGUAAUAAAUAAAUCAUUUUUUUACUCGUUA